UUGAUUUUGGCUUCAUUUCAGCGCGCAGGUUGACGCUGCUGACGCCGCUCCUCCGCCAUCUUCAACUUCCUAUUGUUUGCAUCAGACUGAGGCUGUCUGCGGUGUGUGAGAGAGCAGAAUCGGCCACCGAUCUGUCAUUAAAUAGUUGAUACAGCCUUUACGUUCGCGGUCGCUCAAGUUCAGCACAACCAAUUUGUAUGUCAUUGGAUUAAAAACCUCUCAGGACGCGACCACUAAACCUUGAUGAUGGAGGACGAUCAACCCAGAACCUUGUAUGUGGGGAAUCUGUCCAGAGAUGUCACCGAGCCCCUUAUCCUGCAGGUCUUCACACAGAUAGGACCCUGCAAGAGCUGUAAAAUGAUAGUUGAUACAGCUGGAAAUGAUCCGUACUGCUUUGUGGAGUUCUAUGACCACAGGCAUGCUGCUGCCUCAUUGGCAGCCAUGAAUGGAAGGAAAAUAAUGGGUAAGGAGGUCAAAGUGAACUGGGCCACAACACCAACCAGCCAGAAAAAAGACACAAGUAAUCACUUUCAUGUCUUUGUUGGAGACCUCAGCCCAGAAAUAACUACAGAAGACGUCAAAGCUGCCUUUGGUCCAUUUGGCAGGAUAUCAGAUGCUCGUGUUGUGAAAGAUAUGGCUACAGGGAAAUCUAAAGGCUAUGGCUUUGUGUCUUUCUUCAACAAAUGGGAUGCAGAAAACGCCAUUCAGCAGAUGGGGGGCCAGUGGUUAGGAGGCAGACAGAUUCGAACUAACUGGGCCACAAGAAAGCCCCCCGCCCCAAAGACCACCUAUGAAAAUAACUCCAAGCACCUAUCCUUUGAUGAAGUAGUGAAUCAGUCCAGCCCCAGUAACUGCACUGUGUAUUGUGGUGGAGUCAGCACAGGGCUGACAGAACAACUGAUGAGACAGACCUUCUCUCCCUUUGGACAAAUCAUGGAAAUCAGAGUUUUCCCAGACAAAGGCUAUUCAUUUGUGAGGUUUAACUCCCAUGAGUCAGCAGCCCAUGCCAUUGUGUCAGUGAAUGGCACUUCAAUAGAGGGCCACAUAGUCAAAUGCUACUGGGGUAAAGAGACCCCAGACAUGAUGAACCCAAUGCAGCAGAUGCCUAUGCCUCAGCAGAACAAGAUGGGCUUCGCUGCAGCUCAGCCCUACGGCCAGUGGGGCCAGUGGUACGGCAACGGGCCCCAGAUUAGCCAGUACGUCCCAAAUGGGUGGCAGGUCCCCACCUACGGCGUCUACGGCCAGGCUUGGAACCAGCAGGGCUUCAAUCACUUACCAGCCAGUGCUGGGUGGACUGGCAUGAGCGCCAUCAGUAACGGUGGGGUUAUGGAGCCUACACAGGGAUUGAAUGGGAGUAUGCUAGCCAACCAGCCUGGUAUGGGAGCCGCAGGAUACCCCACACACUGAUAAGUGGGCAGGGUGGGAGAUUUUUCAACCAUCAGCCUCUUAUUGGCUGUAAGGUGCCCCGCGGGGCUGUGUAACACCGCCUCCAUUUGUGGCAGGACUAAGACUUUUACUGGGAUCUGGAACCUAACGGGAAGGUUGACGUCGAUAGGAGAUGUAAAUGGGAUUUCAUGGGGGGGUGGGGUGGGGGGUGUAACGGGAGCCAGGAAGGAGCGAUUUGACCCACACAGGUAUUUACACCCUUUGUGGAAGGCAAGACUGGCCAUGAACCAGGGCUCUUACCAUUUUUAAGUUAACUGUAAAUGAGUAUAAAACUGUAAAGGAGAAACUUUUGGAUUUUUUUUCGGGAUUUACAAAUUGCUUCCAUCUUCACAUCUUUCCUCUCAGACAGCCAUUGAGAGGCUUCAUUUUUUUUUAAAGAAACUGUUAAAAGUCUGAGUCGUGCUAAGUUAUGAACCUUAGUUAUUAUUUGAGGAAUGGAAAUCUGUUUAAUUUGUUCUCAUUUUCUCUUGGAUUAAAAUCAAUUGCAGGGAUUGUUGCCACUGCUGUUUCUCUGUAAGGGCAGAUAAAUAUUGCACAGUUUUUUCCUCUCUUGUACAUGGACAAAUUUGACUACCAAGAGUGUUUCCUUUUUGCAUUCCAUUUCUCCUUCAUAUCUUUCAGACAGCCUCAAAUCUUUUCGCCACCUGUAAAUAACCAUUCAUUCAUUUGAAACAAUGUAAGUAAAAUGCUACUGUUAACUGUGGGUGCUUGCUUUAUUUUGUUUUGAUAACUCGACAGUUAACUCCAACAUUGUACGUAGCAGAGUGGCACUAUCAAAUGUGACACUGGCACAGUGCAACACACAUGAUUCUUCCAUGCAGGGAUAAGACAGCAUUGCCAUGCAGUGCAUACUUAAAAUUUAACACAAAUCAAAUGUUAAAGGGUGAACAUGUUUGACACUUCUGAUGUUUUUUAAAUAUCUAUUGAAACGCCAGUAUUUUAUAUCAAAAAUCUGAGUGGAUUCAACCUUUACACUUGCUCUUUUUGGCAGAGAAAUGGGGAGGCCUACAUUGUAACUGUUGCCUUAUAGAGCUGGUUUCUUUUAGCUUACAAGAUCCUCUUUUUAAUUAGGCAGUGCCUACAGACAUUUUCAGACCCUUUUGUUUAGAAAGGUGUUAGCCCUGAGAACUUAUGACUCUGCUACUGUAAUCAAUGUUUUCUUGCUUUGUCCAAUUAAAAUGCUAAUGCCCAUAAA